AUGGCUGUAAAUGGAACUCACGCGGUGAACGGCAUCAAUGGCACUCGAUCAAAGCAUGACAUAUCAAGCUUGAAAGUCAAUCAAUCGCGAUUGAUGGACGCCAUCCAUAGUGGCUGCAAGUAUGGCGCUGCUCAUCGAUAUGGCGAUGACCCGGUCGAGACUGGAAUGGCAAGGCUCAGUCUCAACGAUGCGGAUAAGGAGGUUCGAGACUGGUUCAUGGGUGUUGCCCAGUCCUUGAAUUGCAAGAUAAGCAUUGACCAAAUGGGAAACAUGUUCGCUGUGAGGCCAGGGAAGAACUCAAAAGCCCCUCCGAUCAUGAUGGGCUCACAUCUCGAUACUCAACCAACCGGCGGGAGAUAUGACGGUAUCUUGGGCGUCACCUCUGGCCUCGAAGUCCUCAGGGUCUUGCACGAAAACAAUGUUGAGACCGAAGGAAGUAUUGGAGUGGUGAACUGGACCAACGAAGAGGGAGCGCGCUUUCCCAUGAUGGCCGUAUCGUCUGGCGUCUGGGCUGAGGCUGUCCCUCUGGAAACAGCGUGGAAUCUGCCCGAGGUGUCGCCUGGAGAGGAUGGACACCGCAAGACAAUGAAGCAAGAACUCGAAAGAAUCGGAUAUCUUGGAUCGCAACCCGCAUCAUACAAGGCAUUUCCCAUAGCAGCGCACUUCGAAGUCCACAUCGAGCAAGGUCCCAUAUUGGAGGCAGAGAAAAGGAGAGUCGGAGUGGUCCAAGGUGUGCAAGCGUUCAAAUGGUUUGAAAUCACGGUCAAGGGCCGAGAUACCCACGCCGGAACCACCCCUUUCACUGCGAGGAUGGACUCCAUGCUAUGCGCUGCGAAGCUGAUUGUCGAGUCCAACGCCGUUGCAAAGAAACUCGGGGGUCUUGCGACAACUGGCAUUCUGAACCAACAGCCUGGGUCAAUCAACACCAUGGCUCACACAGUGACCUUCACGUUGGAUAUUCGACACACCGAGGACGCCAAACUCGCCGAGAUCGAGGAGACAUGUCGAUCUGCGUUUGCGAGGAUCGCAGAGAAAGAGAGCGAGAAAGGCUGCAAAGUGGAAUGGAAGGAAUUGGUGGAUAGUCCAGCAGUCAACUUCCACACCGACUGUAUUGCUGCCGUCGAAGCAAGCGCCAAAGAGGUCUGUCAAGACCUUCCCAUGACCGCUGACGAUGGACAAUUGUGGAAAUAUAUGAUCAGUGGUGCUGGUCAUGACAGCUGUUACACCAACCGUCGGUGUCCCACAAGCAUGAUCUUCACCGUCACCAAGGACGGAAUCAGUCACAAUCCAAAGGAAUACUGCAGCCCAGAAGACUGCGCCAUUGGUGCCCAAGUACUGCUCGGUGCGGUGCUGAGGUAUGACAAAUUGCGAGCGGACAGAGGAGAUCUCGCCUGA